AUGAGCGCGAUUGUUGAGGGACCCAAGUGGCGCGACGUCAGGGUUGGACGCCUCGUCCUCCUGCAAGGCGAUCACGUCCAGGCAGGAAAGGUGGCUGUCAUCGUUGACAUCGUUGACCACAAGAGAUUCCUCGUCGACGGCCCCGCUGGCUCCGAAGAGCUUUCAGUUCCCCGACAGGUCGUCCCCGCCACCGCUUGCCUGUUGACAGAUAUCGUCGUUCCCGUUCCCCGCGCCGCCCGAACUGGCGCCGUACGAAAGGUCUGGGAGAAGCAAGAGGUCGACGCCAAGUGGAAGAGCACAUCGUGGGCCAAGAGACAGGUCAUCAACGGCAGAAGAAAGGCUCUCACCGACUUCGAGCGCUUCACAGUGUUGCGCCUGAAGAAGCAGCGCCGCUUCGAGCAGCGCAAGGCUCUUGUUCAGGUUAGGGCUUCCGCUUAA